CAGGCGAGUGUGAAAUUGAACUUGAGAAACUGUAUAAAUAUCACAUCAUCCGACUACGUCCUCCAUAACGACGCAGAACACAACAACAUACAAGACCUAAUCAUUGUACACCAACUUGACCACACAAGCCACCUCGAAAGACGAGAAAUAGUCCUCAGUUCCUGUCCAACAUGUUGCCGUUUGAAAAACUCAUUUGCAGUAAGUCCGUCUGGAUUAUUUUUAUUUGUUUGACUUCCACUACUUUUGGAUUCUUGGAGAAUUUAAGCAGAAAUGACAUCAACCGCAGGAAUGUCCGAGGAAGCCGUGCGUCAGUGGAGAGCUUCGUCGAAGAGAUGCCCUUUCGAAAAGACACCAGGGGGCAGGUCAACGAGAAAGACAGAAUUUAUGAAAACUUAUAUGACAGGCGAAGUUUUAGAACUGGAACUGAUAGAUUCACAAACCGAAACACUGAUAUCCAACCUGAUCGUCUGAACCAUAACUGGAAUGACGAACGAGGAGCACUAAACGACCGAGACCUUCUUACACCAGCUACUGGCAUAACUAUUACUAUCAGAAGCGUUCCCAAUGAACGAAGAAGCCGGGAUGUAAGAAUAGAUGAAGAACAACGUGUCAGAAGCAUCAAUAACCGACCAGAAAGAUUAUUUCGUGAUGAUCGACGAUCAAGAAGUACAAGAGAAAAUAAAGUACAACGAGAAAGCCGCGAAGACAACUUGUCCGAUGACAGAAUGAAGAAUAUCAGAGAAAACCAACCGAAGUCUCUUAACAUUCGUAAGGAGAACAUGUUUCGAGAGACUUUAUCCAGAGAAAAUAGACAACAAGACCAAUAUAUAAGACAAGUAACAUCCAGGAAUAAUAGACAAAGAGAACUUCGCAAAAAUUAUGACCGUCGUCUAAAAAACAGAGACCAGCGCGUUGAAAGGAAUAUGGGAGCCAGCCAAGAACGCGUAAACGAACAAAGACAACUUCAAGAACGUCGAAAGGAAACCCAAGUUAGAAAUUACCGAGAACAAAGCCAUGAACGAAUUUUAAAAUUACGUAACGAAGAUUUCAGUGCAUCACGAUAUGAACAAAACUUAUUAAAUAGUGGGCGGAGGAUUGAAAAUCGGCAAAGGAAUAUAGAAAACUAUGAACGUAGCCAGGAAAAGCGAGAAAGAAUUCUAGAGGGGACUUUUAGUUACAAUCAGUACAACAAUUUGAAUGAAAAUAGAAAAGGACAUCAAGAGAAACGAACAACUUUUAAAACUACAAUAAAUGCACGAUCAUUACGAAAUCGCUCAACAAGACGUUUCCGUAAUAGCCAAGAAAGAAGUAUAGAACGGGUGCCCAAUAGUUAUAGAGACCCCAAUCAACAUCACGUGGAAAGAAGAAUCUCGGAUAGAGAUCUUCGCUCAGUAAGAUAUAGCAUAACUCGCAACAAUAGAAGCAACGGUUAUCAUUCGAUGCAAUUUUUAGAUGCCAACAUGAAUGAAAUCAGGCAAAAUCGUGAAAGAAACGUCAACAUCGCAUCUAAGGACAGAUUAGACCUCUACAGGGAACACGAAGAAAGAAAUCAACGCGAACGCGAACGACAAUUCGCCAUAGAACAUAUCCAUCAUGGAUAUAUCGACCGUAGCAGAUAUUCUAGAAGAUAUGGUGAAAGUCACUAUCGCUAUGAUAAUGCUUACUCCAGAAACUUUAAUAUGCCAUCAUGGUCAAUAAGAAAUCUCCCACUAAGAGCUAGCUUAGCCCGAAGUGACUCCGCUAGGCAAGCAACAGAAGCUCGACCCAAUUCCGGUAUUUCUGAGCAGGAAACUUCAACUUGCAUAUCAGUCCAAAGGAAUAUUAAAAAGCAAAUACCAAUACAAAGGAAUAUCAGAGAGAACGAUGCUCGAGUGAAAAACCUGACUAAACAAACACGUGACGCUUUAGCUGUGUCGCUUUCUCACAAUUCCAUUGAAAUACGAUCUGUACCAGUUGUAAAAUUCUUACCAAACAGUAGAAGAUAUGCUGAAGAACAUAUAGAUGUUCAAUAUCACAAACACAACUUUAGGUUUGACGUUUUGGUUAACGUGAUUCAAGUCAUUCUUGGUGUUUACUUGAUUGGGCAAAUCUUAGCGCACUCUUCAAAGAAGAAGUCCUCUGGGUUGUAUAAGAUAUUUCCCACUUUAAGCGCCAUCAAAGAAAAACUAGAAUAGAUCCUUACUUUUAAUGAUCAUUUUCUUAAGAACGCCAACGUCUUGAACUGAUGACAACCGCCAUGCUCUAAGGUACCUAUCCGUAGCUUAACUUUAGCUCAAAGUUAGUAGUAGUUAACCUUAACAGGGAUAAACAAAUGAACAACUUCAUCAACUCAAAGUCUAUCAAAAUUUCAGAAUAGAAUAUUUAUUAGUUUAAAUUAUGUAAUAAGAAGCUAUAUAUGUACAAUAUUAUAGAAGUAGAUAAAUAAAUGUUCACUC